AGCUCCAGCUACUUGCAAGCGGAUUAUCAAAGUCGCGCCAUCUGAUUGAGGCGGGAGGAGUCUGGCUACGCGAGAUUAUAGCUAUCCCGGAUUAUCAUAAGACACACUUUCAGCUCCUCCGUACCAUCGACUAUUUAUCACCUGAACUAACCAAUCUACCUUUCACCAUGGCAACUGUUUCCUUACUGGUAGGUCAGUGUGGGAACCAACUUGGAACGAAGUUUCUAGACACUCUGUUUACAAGCCUUGACAAGGACAACGCAGUGGAAUGCAAGACCAGUACGUUCUUUGAUGAUGAAGACGGUCACGUUCCAUCUGCACGAGCAAUCAGAAUCGAUAUGGAGAAGAAAGCGAUCAUUCAUGCUGAGCAGGAGGUGAAACGAGGUGGGAAGUGGAAAUUUCCUCGAGCACUCAAAUUCAGCAAAAGAUCUGGAUCAGGAAAUAAUUGGGCUCAGGGUUAUGUUGGCUAUUCCACGACAGACAAGGACUCAUUACAUGAUAUCUUGCAACGGCAGGUGGAGAAGUGUGACAUGUUGGAUGGGUUCUUGAUGAUCUCAGGUCUUGCAGGAGGAACGGGGUCGGGUUUAGGGGUGGCAAUCAGUGAACAAGUUCGAGACGAAUAUCAACAUGCAUCUCUAAUGCAUCAGACAGUGUGGCCGUAUUCAUCAGGUGAGGUCAUCGUGCAGGAUUACAAUGCAGUCUUGACCCUUUCUCAUCUCUACGAGUUGUCUGAUGGCAUCGCAAUAUUAGAAAACGAUCAGCUUCAUAGAAUCUGCAAUCACCGGCUGGGUAUAGAAAAUGUUGGUAUUAAUGAGAUCAACACAGUGGCCGCUCACAUUUUAUCAUCAGUGUGGAAGCCCGUAUCAAAGGACAUGCCGUUACAUCGUCUGGUCGUCGACAUUCCUUAUUAUUUGUGCAGCCAUCCAGCAUUCAAACUUUUUCAAUUUAAAACUGCCCCUAUUAUUAGACCUACUUCUCUUAGCCACACGGUGACAGCAUGGCCUGGACUGUUGAAACGUAUAUAUCAAAUGCUGAUUACAAACACAGUCGUUGACGAGGAGAUUGACUGGUCGACGACAUUGUCUGCAUCAUUUCCACCAGAAGAUCAUGCACACAAACCGGUGAAAACCCUUCAAAACAUGCUGAUUCUACGAGGUAAAGAUGUUCAUCAGGUUGAUACCUCAACCCUCGCAGAUCCAAGGCUCUAUGUUCAACAGUCUUCAUCACCUCGACUUCACGUUUUACGAGACAGGAGAACGUUUCUGGGUUAUGACAAAUGUGCUACGCUCUUGUCCAACAGUCAGGGUAGCAUCAACGGGCUAGACAACAUUGUACGCAGAUCGUGGAGGAUGUUUACCUCGCACGCGUAUCUCCAUCAAUACGAGACUUACGGAGUUACGAGAGAUGACUUUGAGGCAAGCUUUCUACAAUUAGAACAAGUGAUGCAUGAUUAUCGUAAACUGUCGGAAACUUGACUCAAAACAGAAUGUCAUUUAUUAAUAAAUCUGGGAUAAAGUUCCAGCUGACAAACCUGAACUGGUUAUCUCCAGUCUUUCCUCUACCUCACUAAAUGUUCGUUCACUUGAAGAUCUUUCCCUGGUUCAAUUUCUUACCACCAAAAUCACCUUCCCAAGCAAAGUACUCAUUGAUCAUUUUGCGAUGUUCUUCACUGGUUGGGUCUAGUCGUUUCCAGCUAUAUGAAGGUGAAUCUAUUUGCCAGUUUUCGUUCAACU